UAAAUAAUAGAAUAAAAUAAAAUAAAUACAAGUAUUGGCCAAAAAGUUGCUUUAAAGAACCCAGAGACGUUUAUAGCAGAACUAAAAAAUGACUUAAGAUGAACCAAACUAAAAAAAUAAUCAAUGCACCACUACAAUCAGAAUUACAUGAACUCUCUUUGAACAUCGUGUGCUGUUAAAAGACAUUUCAGUCGUACGUAUGCGACAGAAAAAGCUUGAACCUUGAACUUUUUUUCCCAGAAGUGACACAAUUUCCUCGUACUAAAACAACCUAAAGCCUCAGACGUUAUUAAAUACCUCACCCUCAAACCCCCCCAAAAAUGUUCUGGAAUACUACGAAAUAAUAUCCAUGUAUUUAUGAUCACGAUUUUAUUUUAUUCAAGGUCGUGUUGAUUUUCGGAUGACAGCUGCAUGCUUUUCACAGGCGGGAAAAGAGGCGAGGAUAAAACGGAUCAAAAUGAGUCCAGGAAUCCAAAUGAAAACAGAUGGAACGGAGUUGUCUGUUUUAGAUUUGUAAGUAUGGAUUAGAGGGGAGUGUGUGUCCGUGUGUGUGUGUGUUUGUGCGUGUUUUCUGAUGUGCUCGCAACUUGGAUCGGUCGCGGUGUUCGCGGAGGUCAAAAUCCUCCCGUCAGUAUCUCAUGAAGAGCGAAGGGGAACUUCUCCGAAAGGGACUCGGGGCCACAUCUUUUGACGACCAAGCUGGAAGCAGCCCACGAUGGCGUUCCUGCAGCAGGUGCGUUCCCCCCGCCUCUCCUUUGUCCAGACGGUCAUGUCUCUCCUCCUGAGCACCUCGGCCCUCAUGUCCUCCUACUGGUGCGAGGGCAAGCAGAAGGUGCCCAAGCCGCUCUGCACGCCCACCAAGCAGAGCAACUGCAUCCCCGUGCCCGGCUUGGCCAACUCCUCCAAGAUCCAGUUCUUCUGGGAGACCGGGGACGACCGCUUCGUCUUCCCCGCCUUUCACACGGGCUUGUUCCUCACCUGCGAGGAGAACAUCUACGCGGACGCUUGGGAGGAGAGAUGUCGGGGCUUUUACACUUUGACUCCAGGUUCUGAAAAAGCAAUGAUGUGGCUGUAUCUGACUCUGGAGCUGGUGUAUAUCGGGCUGCUGUUGAUCAGCUGCAUACUGCUGUUUGUGCAGCUGUGUAUCAAGGCCUGGUUUCCCUCUACGCAGCGCUGGGGCCAGAUGCUCAAUGCCUUUGCAGCUGUCUUCACAGUUCUGGGAGGUCUGCUGGGGAUGGUAGGUCACAUGAUGUUCAUGCAGGUGUUUCAGACGACGGUCUCAAUGGGACCAGAAGACUUUAAACCUCACAGCUACGGCUAUUCAUGGGCGUUCUACGUGGCCUGGCUCGCCUUCACUGUCUGCAUGUCUGCCGGCGUCUCCACCCUGAACAACUACACCAAAAAGGUCCUGAUGGUGGGUCCGAGGCGUCCCUCCGGUCUCAACCCCUGCAGCUUUAACUUUGCGGGGCUCCUGCCGCCGGCUCCUUACUACACGCCUCCCAACCCCGGGGCCAACCUGGCCUGUCCCCAGUCUCCCCCGCGGAUCUCCCACCUGUCUCCCUACUACGAGCCCCCCUCGGCAGCCGCACCGCGCUCCGCUCCGAGGCUCACGCACUCCCACUCCCUUCCUCUCCCGCAGUCCGACCCCUUCCCGCCUCCCCCUUCCCAAGUCGCGCCUGGAUCCCCGUUUCACCGGCAUUCCCUGCCCUCUCAGUCUCCUUCGCCCACGCCGUGCGUCUCCGUCCGCAUGACGCUGCCGAGUCAUCAUGAAAAUCGUUACGGGCUGGAAGAAGACUACAGCCCACUAUGAACUUUAAAGACCCCGGUUGAUAAUUAAUUCUGUCCUGUCAUGUGCUCUUCGUUUAUAAAGUACCAGCAAUAAAAUGACUCCCUAAUCACAUUUGUUCCAUUAAUUGUAGCAGUUGUACAGUAGAUCUAAAAGAAACCUAAAGAGGUAUGUUUUUAGAUCUAAACGUCAUAAAGAAGCCACAAUAUGAAACUUCUAUAGUAAAUAAGUUGGAUCAUUUGACUAUACACUGGUCAGGCAUAACAUUAUGACCACUGAGAGGAGAAAUUCAUCGUUUUGCUGGGAAACUUUUGGACCUGGUAUUCAUUGAUGUGGAUGUUACUUAGACAUGUACCUCCCACCACCACUCCAUGACGAUGAAAAACAAACUUGAAGAACAGCACAAUGUGUUGACCUAGCCUCUGAAUUCACUAGAUCCCAAACUGAGCAAGUAUCUUCGGGAUGAUCCACAGAAACUCCUGCCCUCAACACACAGGACCCAGCGUCCACCGUCCACUACUGUCUUACUCCUUCUCAUGACAAGGGAAGAUGAAACCAAAAUAAAACUUAAGAAACUUGUUUAAAAAUCAAGUUUUAAUAGUGUACAAAUCAUUCCUGAAGACAAGUAAUAAUAGCAAAAAUAAAAUCACACGUACAGAGCACUGUGGGAAAUGAGUCGUAUUUACACAAGUCGGUCGUCUUCCUGUGACUUUGAACCGGUCUAUGAAAAGUGAAGGAGCGAUGUGUUACCAGGACAUGGUUGGAUUUAUAGCUAUAAAAGAUAUUAUUUUCAUGUAAUGAUCAUCUUUCAGAUUUAAUUGUGUGUUUGCUGCAUUUAGAAAACUAAAACAACUGAAAUUUAAAACAAAUGUCAGCAUAAAUGUAGUGUAAUGAGCUUUAGGUAGACUUACAGUGUAUGCAUAUGGUUUUCUUUGGUUAUUUUUGGUCUUUCUAAAUCACAAAUACUUGUAUUACAUUAUAGUUUUUAUACUUUAUAUCAUUGCAUAGUCAUUUUUAGAUUACACAGAGAUCCACAACAUGUGUCUUUUAUGUUCGCAAACAGACAGCGUUUUGGCAUUUGGUCACGUUAUAAUUCACAUAGUGAGAUCUUCUUUAAUGUCACGUUAUAUGAAGUGUGUCCACGACAGAUAUAUGAACUAAAAAUUAAUAAACUAACAAUAAAAAUAUUGCAAAUUAACAAAAA